UCCGCAUCCCGGAAUUGUCAUCACGCCGCUUGCUCGCGGCCAUUUUUUUUUUUAUACAAGCGCAAGCUCCCCGAAACACAAAACAAUCCCCUUAUCAGUGUAAAUAUUUACGGGACAUACCACCGCUGUGGGACGUGACCAGCAGUCAUGUCAGACUUCAUCGAGAGCGAGGCCGAGGAGUCAGAGGAGGAGUUUGAAGAGAAAGACCUGAAGCCUAAAAAAACCCAGAGGUUUUUGGAGGAAGAUGAUGAAGAGGAAGAAGAGAACACAGAGGACCAGGAUGAGCAAGGAAAUUUACGCGGACUCAUUGAUGAUGGAGAGGAGGUGGAGGAGGAAGAAGCCCCGAAAAGUGGGAGUGGAGCAGGGAGCGACUCAGAGGAGGAAGUGAGGCAUCGGCGUAAAAAGCGAAAUUAUGACGACUACCUGGAUGAUGAUGAUCUCGACCUUAUUGAGGAAAACUUAGGUGUUAAAGUGAAGAGAAGGAAGAAAAAAUAUGACCGUGUAAAAACCCUGGACGAUGAUGAAGAUGACGAUGAUGAGAAGGACAUGAUCGCAGAUGAGAUCUUUCAUGGGGAUGCAGAGGGGGAGCUGGAGGAAGGAGAGGCUGUGGACGAGCCUCUCCAACAUGUAGACGAUGACGAAGAAGGAGAGGACGAGGAGUCAGAUAUAGAUGAUUUUAUUGUGGAUGACGAUGGCCAGCCCAUCACUAAAAAGAGAGGCAAGAAGUUCUCAGGAUACACAGAUGCAGCCCUCCAGGAGGCCCAGGAGAUUUUCGGUGGUGACUUCGACUUUGCCGACUUUGACGCAGACGCCUAUGACCAGGGUGAGGAGGAGGAAGAGGACCAGGAUGAGGAGGGCUGGGACCGGCCUAAGAAACAGACUAAAAGGAGGCAGGGGCGGAAGAGCAUCUUUGAGAUUUACGAGCCCAGUGAACUGGAAAGUAGUCACAUGACCGACCAGGACAAUGAGAUCCGCACUACAGACAUGCCCGAGAGGUUCCAGCUACGAUCCAUCCCAGUUAAACCUGCUGAGGACGAUGAGCUUGAGGAGGAAGCCGAAUGGAUCUUCAGACAUGGCUUCUCCACUCUUACUAUAUCGAUGCAGGAGAGCACAGAUUAUCUCGAUAGGGGGACAACCACAAACUUCAGCAGGAAAGGGCCGAGCACUAUUGCAAAGAUCAAAGAGGCCCUGAACUUCAUGAGGAAUCAACAGUUUGAGGUUCCAUUCAUAGCUUUUUACAGGAAAGAAUAUGUGGAGCCAGAGUUAAACAUCAACGACCUUUGGAAGGUCUGGCAGUGGGAUGAAAAGUGGACUCAACUGAAGACCCGGAAGCAGAAUCUGACCCGUCUGUUUCAGAAGAUGCAGUCCUACCAAUUUGAGCAGAUCUCUGCUGAUCCCGACAAACCUUUGGCUGACGGCAUCCGUCCUCUGGACACUUCCGAUAUGGAGAGGCUGAAAGAUGUGCAGACUCUUGAAGAGCUGGGGGAUGUGUAUAACCACUUUCUGCUCUACUACGGCCGAGACAUCCCCAAGAUGCAGAAUGCUGCCAAGACCAGCAAGAAGAGGCUCAAGAAGAUCAAGGAAGUGACAGAGGAUGGUGAAGAAGAGGAAUUGGAGGUAGAGGAAGAAGAAGAACAACAACAGAAAGGACCUGACCUCAAGCUGGCGUCUCGGAGGGAUAUGUACAGCAUCUGUCAGAGCGUAGGACUCGAUGGCUUGGCCAAAAAGUUUGGGUUAACUCCAGAGCAGUUUGGAGAAAAUCUGAGAGACAGUUACCAGCGUCACGAGACAGAGCAGUUCCCCGCCGAGCCCGUGGAACUGGCCAAAGAUUAUGUUUGCAGUCAGUUCACCACCCCGGAGACGGUGCUGGAAGGAACCAGGUACAUGGUGGCCAUGCAGAUCGCUCGGGAACCUCUGGUCAGACAUGUUCUGAGGCAGACCUUUCAGGAGAGGGCUAAGAUCAACAUCAAACCGACAAAGAAGGGCAAAAAGGAGAUAGACGAGGCUCAUUUUGCCUACUCCUUCAAGUAUCUUAAGAACAAGGCGGUUAAAGAGCUGAAUGGGGAUCAGUUCUUGAAGAUGUGCCUGGCAGAAGAAGAGGGGCUGCUCUCCAUUGACAUCUGUAUAGACCUUAUCGGGGUCAAAGGGUAUGCUGGGGACCAAACGUACUUUGAUGAGAUCAAACAGUUCUACUACAGGGACGAGUUCAGUCACCAGGUGCAGGAGUGGAACAGGCAGCGAACCUUAGCCAUAGAGAGAGCGCUCACCCAGUUCCUCUACCCCCAGAUGGCCAAGGAGCUCAAGAGCAAACUGAUCGCUGAGGCCAAAGAGAGCAUUGUCAGGUCCUGCUGUCGCCGGUUGUACAACUGGCUCAAGGUGUCUCCGUACAGGCCAGAUCAGCAGGUGGAGGAAGACGACGAUCUGAUGGAUGAGAGUCAGGGCAAAGGCAUUCGGGUACUGGGUGUAGCCUAUGCACCCAGCAGAGAUACGCCAGUUUUCUGUGCUCUGAUCAAUGGGGAAGGAGAGGUGGUUGACUUCCUGCGUCUGCCCUACUUCAUGAAGAGGAGGAAUGCCUUCAGGGAGGAUGAUAGAGAGAAGAAGGCGCACGACAUUGAAACUCUCAAGAAGUUUCUGUCCAGCAAGAAGCCUCAUGUGGUCGCGGUUGCCGGAGAAAACCGAGACGCCCAAAUGAUCAUGGAGGACAUUAAGAGGACCAUCAGCGAGCUUGAGCAGGAGUCCUCUCUGCCUGCGGUGGGAGUGGAGCUUGUUGACAAUGAAUUGGCCACAUUGUACAUGAACAGCAAGAAGUCCGAGGUUGAUUUCAGGGAUUACCCCCCCUUGCUGCGACAGGCUGUGUCGAUAGCCAGAAAGAUCCAGGAUCCUCUGGUGGAGUACGCUCAGGUCUGCAGCAGCGACGAAGAUAUCCUCUGCCUCAAACUUCACCCGCUGCAGGAACAAGUGGUGAAGGAGGAUUUGCUCUCGGCUCUUUACUGUGAAUACAUAAACCGCGUCAACGAGGUCGGAGUGGACGUGAACAGGGCGAUCGCCCAUCCUCACACUCAGAGCCUGGUGCAGUACGUCUGCGGUCUGGGACCAAGGAAGGGCUCCCACCUCCUCAAGAUCCUGAAGCAGAACAACACCCGUCUGGAAAACAGAACCCAGCUGGUCACGAUGUGUCACAUGGGACCCAAGGUUUUCAUCAACUGUGCUGGUUUCAUCAAGAUCGACACUGCAUCACUUGGAGACAGUACGGACUCCUACAUCGAGGUGCUGGAUGGGUCUCGUGUCCACCCCGAGACGUACGAGUGGGCUCGUAAGAUGGCCGUGGACGCCCUCGAGUACGACGAGUCAGCAGAAGACGCUAACCCGGCCGGCGCUCUGGAGGAAAUCUUGGAAAAUCCAGAGCGUCUCAAAGAUCUGGACCUGGAUGCCUUCGCCGAAGAGCUGGAGAGACAGGGUUACGGCAACAAGGGAAUCACUCUUUAUGAUAUCCGUGCAGAGCUGAGCUGCAGGUACAAAGACCUGAGAGUUCCCUACAGAAUCCCCAACACUGAGGAGGUCUUCAACCUGCUCACCAAGGAGACUCCAGAGACCUUUUAUAUCGGUAAGCUGAUCACGAGUAUUGUGACUGGUAUCGCUCACCGGCGGCCUCAGGGCGAGAGCUAUGACCAGGCCAUACGUAACGAUUCUACAGGUCUGUGGCAGUGUCCCUUCUGCCAGCAGGACAACUUCCCUGAGCUCAGCGAGGUGUGGAAUCACUUUGACAGUGGUUCGUGUCCAGGUCAGGCCAUUGGGGUGCGGAGCAGAUUAGAUAAUGGUGUCCAGGGUUUUAUUCCCACCAAGUUUCUAAGUGACAAAGUGGUCAAACACCCCGAGGAGAGGGUCAAGGUGGGCAUGACAGUCCACUGCCGCAUCAUGAAAAUCGACAUUGAGAAAUUCAGCGUUGACCUCACAUGCCGCACGUCGGAUUUGAUGGACAAGGCCAAUGAGUGGAAGCUCCCCAAGGACAGCUACUACGACUUUGACACAGAGACUGAAGACCAAAAGCUUGACGAGGACCUCAAAAAGAAACAACAGCGAACACCGUAUAUAAAGCGUGUGAUUGCCCACCCCAACUUCCACAAUAUCAGUUUCAACCAGGCAGAGAAGAUGAUGGAGACGCUGGAUCAGGGAGACUUGAUCAUCAGGCCGAGCAGCAAGGGAGAGAACCACCUCACCGUCACCUGGAAAGUGGCUGACGGGAUCUACCAGCACGUGGACGUGAGAGAGGAGGGCAAAGAGAAUGCAUUCAGCUUAGGGCACACGCUCUGGAUCAACAGUGAGGAAUUUGAAGAUCUGGAUGAAAUCACCGCUCGGUACAUUCAGCCAAUGGCAUCGUUUGCCCGAGAUCUGCUGGGACAUAAGUACUUCCAGGAGUGCCACGGGGGAAGCAAGGAGAAAAUGGAGGAGUUGCUGGUCAGGACAAAGAGGGAGAAGCCAACUUUCAUUCCUUAUUUUAUUUCGUCCUGCAAAGAGCUGCCCGGAAAGUUCAUACUGGGCUACCAGCCUCGCGGAAAACCACGGGUUGAGUAUGUGACCAUCACCCCAGAUGGCUUCCGCUACCGCUCACAGAUAUUUCCCACAGUAAACGGACUGUUCCGUUGGUUUAAGGACCAUUACCAGGAGCCUGUACCGGGCAUCACUCCGAGCAACAGCAGCCGAACAAGAACUCCUGCCUCCCUGAACGCCACCCCAGCCAAUAUCAACAUCGCAGACUUGACGCGAGCUGUCAACGCCCUCCCACGCAACAUGACCUCACAGAUGUUCAGUGCCAUCGCUGCGGUCACUGGCCAGGGCCAGAACCCCAACACCACACCCGCACAGUGGGGCUCCAGCCAGUACGGCUAUGGAGGCAGCACAGGAGGAGGAGGAGGGGGGAGCUCCUCUGCUUAUCACGUGUUCGCCACACCACAGCAGCCCAUCGCCACGCCCCUGAUGACACCCAGCUACUCCUACACCACGCCGAGCCAGCAAGCCCUGGGCACGCCGCAGUACCCCAGCUCCACCCCGCAAUCCUCGCACUCUCACACGCACGCCCACCCGCACAUGCCACCACAUCACAGCCACCACAGCCAUCACGGCAGCCAACCCGGCCACUCGUCCGGCACGCCGUCAUCCUCCACCUCAUCAUCCAGAGGACGGACGCCACAGCAGCAGCAGCCGCAGCCGCAGCCACCGCAGCCGCCAAAGGCAAGCGGAAGCAACGCCUCCGCAGUGGACUGGGGCAAAAUGGCGGAGCAGUGGCUGAAGGAGAAAGAGGCGGAGGGGCGGAAGAAGACCCCGAGGAUGACGCCGCGGCCGUCGCCCAGCCCCAUGAUCGAGAGCACGCCCAUGUCCAUCGCCGGAGACGCCACGCCUCUGCUGGAUGAGAUGGACCGAUAGGACACGGAGGGGGGAGUCGCCCCAUUACCCCCAUUUCCCCUUCCCCUCUUCAUCCUCUGUACUUCUGCUUCAUCUGGAUAACUUCUUUCCCACUACGCAUCAGCCCUUUUAACCAGCUGACCACUAGUUGGAAUCCAUUUGAAUGUCCAAUCAUGUUCUCGUCACCUCUUGAUCUUGUAUCUGCAGUUCAUCACUCUGCUCUGAUCCAUCCUCGUGUCCUCCUCCCGUCUGCCCCCUCCUCACCUCCUCACCUCCAGCCAGCUGCUCUGGCUGCAUAGUAUUUUGUAUUGUCAGAACAACACUGUAUAUGUCUCACAGACAAAAAAAACAAAAAACAAACUUGAAAUAUCGGACAGCAGUUGCAUAUAGGAUAUGGACCUAAACAGACUUUGUCAGACGAGCUGUCCUGCUAUCUUUAUUUUUUAUUUUUGUUUGCAAUUGGCUAUUAGUUUGAUCCGUGAGUGGUUUUGACGGAGAAGCACGGUUCCGGAAUCCACCGUUCCUUCUCUUUCGUGAUUGGAUGGUGGAUUUGUGCAAACGGUUGCCAAAAAAAGAGCGCUUUGCCAAGCCAAAUUUUUUUUGUCUCUGGAAUGCGUCGUGAUCAAUAAAGACCGUUGUUUUUUUGUCAUCUUUGAAACUUAAAGCCUCUGCUCUUCACAUCUCUCAAAGCAAAACACACGCGUGACCGUACAGACACGCAAACGCUGAGUGUCUCAAGCGCGAGUUGUCACUCGUCGUUUCCAACCACACGCUGUGUUAUGAUCAGCGGAUGUAUUCUGUAGAUAGCCUCUAUCGCCUCUAUGUAUUGUUUGACCUAAUAGUUUGCGGAUACUUUCCGCGUGCUAAGCUCGAACUGAGGCUUUCGAUGACUUAAACGUGCAUGUAUUGGAGACGGUGUCGGAGGAAGUUAAUUAUAAUAACAAUAUCCUGAGUAAAAAAGUAAAACAUUCUUGAUAUGGCUGGUUUUCCAAGUGCGAGGUACCUCGCCAUGUCAAACAAGCAUCAAUGGCAGUUUGACAGACUCGAAACUUUUAUGUGUACUCAGAUUUGAAUCUCUUUUAUCCUAAACGUUUGCGGUCGGGCGAGCAUUUCAUUUUGUGACAUUGGGUUAUGAUGUUCGCCACCCAGAAGGGUGGGAUCUCCUCGUACGCUUCCACUGUGUCCGGCACGGUGUCACUUCUCCGGCUGAAUGUCGACAAGCGAGUUGAAAGUGUUUCCGCAGCACCAACAGUAAAAUGACGUUUUGAGUGGACGAGCUCGUUUGUCUGACUGCAGCUCUAUCAGAUAAAUAUACUUUCAAACUUCCUCCUGUGUUUAUAUUCUAACUGUAUAGUAGUCUGAGCUGCACGCAAACAAUUUCAGUUGAGUGAAUUUACUGCUGUUAAAAACACAUGGUGUCUCUUUCUGUGAUUGCCCCGCGGCAGUUUGCAUCCCUUUUGACUUGUGCAUUCAGUUGCAGAAUUCAAUGGUGUGCUUCAUUUUGCAGUGUGCACCAAAAAAAAAGGAACAUAGUACCAUAAUAUGCAUAUUGUUUCAAAUAAUGUUUUUAGUUUUUCUUCUUGGUUUUACGUCUCUUGCCAGAUUUAGAUGUCACAUCUUUCUAAAUGAAGUUGUGAUUGGUCGUCGGUGGUGGAGGGCGGGAGGAUGUCUCUAGGCACUGCUGACGACCUUUUCUACCUGUGAUCCCUUUAAUAAAAGUGUUCAUAUUAAA